UAUCGCCCUCAUCCCUUGGCUGCUCUCUCCAGCACAAUCCUCGCAACCCCGUCGCGACACUUGCAUCUUCAUCCUCUCCUGUCUGCCUCUAUUCCCUCCUUGUGACUUCCCAAAUGGUCUCCGUCAACUUUGCCUCCCUGGUCGCUGCCGCUGCCCUCGCCGUCUCUGGUGUCCAGGCCCACGUCACCUGCAACCCCAACGUUGCUCCCAACGCCGGCUACUUUGUCACCAACAUCCGUGUUCCCCACUCCUUCCCCGGCUCCAACACCAUCAACAUCACCGUCAAGAUCCCCGAUGGCGUCACCUCGGUCAAGCCCCAGCUCAUCGCUGGCUGGAAGAUCGACCUGGCUAUGCGCCCCCUGAACCCUCCCAUUGUCUCCGACGGCACCACCAUCAACACUACCGUCGACACCAUCACCUGGUACGGUGGCGUUCUCUCGAACGACUACUACGCCGACUUUGGUAUCAACAUGAAGCUCCCCAACGUCACCGAGGGCUCCAAGCUUUACUUCCCCGCUACUCAGAUCACCACCAACUCCACUGGCAUCAACGUUCCUCUUGCCUGGGCCGCCAUUCCUGAUGCCAACGGCACCUUCCCUGCUGGUGCUGACAAGUCCCAUCCCGCUCCUUCGAUCACUCUCUGGACCGGUGGUGUUGCUCCUGCUCCCAGCCCGAGCACCUCUGCCAAGAGCGGUGCCAUCCAGAUUGCCGGCACUUUCGUUGCCUCGGUUGCCACUGUGGCCAGUCUGUUUGCCAUGGUUUUCUAAGCGGAGAGUGGAGGCCGAGAGAUCCACCGUUCUCCGUUCCUGUCCUCUGUCGCUCUGCCCCAGCCCACAAUUUGCCACCUUUCUCAUACGUCCCCACCCCCUCCUCUGUUCCCAAAGAUCCUGGGCAAAGAGAGGGCUCCAACGACUCUGUCUAUACAAAGAAGGAUCACAACACAAAUACAUUCAAUGAGAUGAGCAAUCUCCGUUGCUGCAC